AUGGUUGUGGGAUCUCGUCGAUUCCGACUUGCACCGCUUCUUCAAACCCCUAGCCCCUCAUCUCCUCUCUCGACCCGAGUCCCCAAGAACCCGGGCCUUGUCGUUGUGAUCACCCACGGCGGGCUUGGCUGCGAUCCCACGCUCUCCUCGACCAAGACGUUAGUCUCGUUCCGACCGAACCCGAACCUGAUGGCCGAGUCCACGCCUGCCAAAUCGGAUGCCGGGACGCCAGGCCCGAAAUAUCCUGCGCCAAAAGACAAGGUCUGCCAGUACUGCGGCGUGGCCUUCACUUCAUCCUCGCUUGGCCGACAUCUGGACCAGUUUAUAAAAGACAAGAAGCCGAAGCGCCCAGACGAUGUUCACGAUGUCGAUGAGAUUAGGAGACUGCGGGGCGGUAUUACCCGUCGCCAGCCCCGAAAUUCUUUGCGAGCCGGGAGAGAAACUCUCACUCCCGUUAGCACGCCCAAGCUCAGAGACUCGUCGGCAACCCACGAGGGCUUGCGGGCAAAAUCACCCUUCUCUCCAAAGGAGAAGAACGACUCUGUGAAUGGAUGGGAGGGCCGCAAGCCGCCAGAUCCAAAAGCUCAGCUCGUUGCGAGCUGCCAAAAACCAAAUCGAUGCUUCUUCAUCCCCAUUCGACUUCAACCCCUAACGCUCGACUUCCCGGCCCUCGCACUACGGUGCCUCUGCGCGCCCCCGACCCUAUUCUCCUCGACACAGUACCCCUCCCCCACCUCCUGGUCAAUACAAGCCCCGGCACACCGAGAGUUCGAGGCUCUCGGCGCUUACUUUCGAGACGAGUUCAAGAAUUGGAGGGUGAAGUGCGCAACUGCUACCACGAUUCUGUCGGAAGAGCUCAAGUUUGCAACUAACUCGCCGCCCCGGGAUAUGAAGGCUGAGAUAAAACAGGCAGAGGAGCGCUGCAACGAACUUGAGUCCCAGAUCCAGGAUCACCUCCAGUCUUCCUUUGCCGUAUGGGAAAGACUGUCUACUCAGAGGCAGGACGAACUUUGGCACCUGGAGAUGGCUAGGAGUGUCGGUAGUAGGCACAAAGAACUCGAGGUUAUGAGGGAGGAGCGUCAAACAAUGACACAGCGGAUCGCUCAUCUGGAGGCGCAGGUGGAGCAACUAAGUCGUUGGCAAAACCCCAAGGAGUUCAACGUAAUGGCACCCCAGACCAUUCCGGUGGAUCCCUUGGCUCUGAAUCACCUCUUGGAAGCCAGCAUCAGCGGUGCCAAGGGCGUGGGCCUCAAAUCAGAUGAUCGACAUGUGGACUUAACCACGGUUGUUUCGCGAGCUAUAGAGCGGUGGAGGCAUGUCAUCGCGGACACGACUGGCGAUUCUUCGAUGGAGGACUCUGACGCUGAUGGAGACGCAGACGGGGAUGCGGAUAUCGACAACCAUAUCGAAGACGUCGAUGUUGAUGUGGAUGUUGACGUCGAUGAUGCCGAUGAUGCUGAUGAUGUCGACGUCGAUGAUGAGGGCGACGGUGAUGGAGAUGCAGAUGCGGAUGAUGACGGAGACGAGGAUGGGGAUGCCGAAAUGGAGGAUGAUGUUGGCUUCUCCAUGUUGCAAGCCAGGCAGCAACUGCAACAAGCGCAGCAGCAGCAGCAACAGCAGCAGCAACAACAAAAGACCCCUGGUCGUGCCGGCCCUGUUGAACUCUAA